AAGGGUCACGGAGACUAUCUACCAUCCCAAAACACCGAGAUCCCACCGUCAAGCGGAUGGGUACCACCUCGUUAUCGCACCAUGUCCAGAGAUUAUUGUUCACGAUGCUUGUCCCAUUGGCAACAGAUGCAGUCUUGGCAGUUCCCAUUGGAUGAAGCCCAGUGACGCAACCCCUUCUGAAAUGAAGGGAAGCGGGCGGACGACAGCUGCCGCUGACAUUGUCAUGUAACGCGCCUCAACGCCUUGUUAGACCAAUGCUGGGAGGAUGGCUUGACAUGGCGCAAAUACUACUAUGCAGUAGUGAGCCGCUUGGCUGAAAAAGAGCCAGAUGAUCUUUUCUUUCUCUUCAGCUUUGCCCACCGAUUUAACUGUGGUAUUAUCACGUCGGGGCCCUCUGUCGCCGUCGCUGUUCAGCUCUUCAGCCGCUUCGAUUUAUCUUGAGCCUUAAGCACUCUGAUUGCCUCGGCUGUCGACGACCGUUGAUCCAUGAAGAUCAUCUACACUACCCCCCAUCUCACUGUUACAUUGCCCGCACAACAACAGGCCACGAGGGGUCAUUUCUAAAUUCUUCCUGGUUUGUAUCAGGAAAUUUGCUUGGUCAACUUGAUCUUAAGGUUCUCGGUAAAUUGGCAUUGAAGACAAAACCUCUACCCAACGUCUUCAGACAACUGGGAAAUUAUUUCGGCCGUCUGUCUUUGUUUCUUCACCCAGCAACUUACAGGUUGAACGCCUUUACCUACCAGCGAAUGUUGAAGAGAAGCACACAAUUAUGGAAAACUCAAUGGUAACAGACGACCUCUCUUGGUCAAUCGUUAACACUAUCAAGCAAUCGCCACCCGUCGAUGUCAAAGCUCCUUACGACACCAAGUCCCUCGCCGGCAAAACCAUCUUGAUCACCGGCGGGGCAUCCGGUUUCGGUGCCGCUUUCGCCCGCAAAUGGGCCGAACACGGUUCCCAUAUCAUCAUCGGCGACGUGAAUGACUCGGCCGGCGAGGACCUCAUCGCCGAGCUCCGCUCCCUCCCCGGGUCCUCCAAGCACCACUACUACCAGCACUGCGACGUGACCAAAUGGGAAGACCAAGUCUCCCUCUUCAAAAUGGCCGCCCGCGCUAGUCCCACCCGCGGGAUCGACGCCGUCGUAGCCAGUGCCGGCAUCAGCGAGCAUGGGGACGUAGCUUCCGGCGCCCCGGGCGUCUUCGACAACCCCUCCGAUUUGGACUCCGAUUCCCUCCCUCCCCCGCCACCGCCCUUGAACGUCCUUAACGUCAACCUGACAGGCGUCAUGUACACUACCCACCUCGCUCUCUUCUGGCUUCCCCGCAACGGCGGCGUCUCCCGCCUCGAUCUCCAAGAUGACACCACUGCUGCUGAUGAUGGCCGACCAAUUCGUGACCGCCACCUCCUUCUUGUGUCCUCCAUCGCCGGCCUUGCACCCCUCCCUGGCCAAACGGAGUACACUGCCUCCAAACACGGGGUGCUCGGUCUCUUCCGCUCGCUAAGGGCGACCUCCUGGACGAAGGGGAUCCGAUGCAACGUGCUUUGUCCGUACUUUGUCGAUACCCCCAUCGUUCCCUGGCGCGCCCUGGCGCUGUUGGCGGGCGGGCCGAAGGCGGACAUUGAGGAUGUGGUGGAUGCGGCGACGAGGUUGAUGGUUGACGAGGAGGUGGUGGGGAGGGGGUUGCUUAUUGGGGGGAGGCAGCGGGUCGUGGGGGGGAAGUUGGUGGUUGUUGAUGAUGCUGAAUAUGCUGAGGGCGAAGGAGGAGAUGGGAAUGGGAAUAAGGGGAUUAGGAAUUCGCCUAGUGCUGUGUGGGAGGUGCACGCGCAUGAUUAUGAGAUGGUGGAGGUUUUCGUUUAUAGGUUUGUCAAAGUUUUGAACAUGGUGAGGACGGUCAGGGGGUGGGUUGAAACGCUAAAAGAUUUGUGGGCAAUUUAUUUGAGUCGGGGGAGAGGUGGAGGAAGGGCGGCGAAGGCGAAGGCAAAGAAUGCAGUGCUGUAGGGGAAGUGAAGUUUGGUCAGGGUGAUCCUUAUGUUAUGGCUUUCAUGACCGACGACGGCGACAUUUGAGACAGAUUUUUGAGUGACUGUGGUUCGUGGAGAGGUCUACUUUAGUCUAUUGGUUUAUGGGGCUUCAGGGUUCACAGUCUUUAUUUAUGCAAAGAAAAAGCGAAGAAAACAAAAGGCCGGGAUAUUUAAGAAAAACCUGACGAACAGACAGAUGAACGAACGGACAAAUCAAACAGGAUGAGCGGGAACAAGGAGCACCUUUUUGUGUUGUCCAUAGGAAAAAGCGAUUUUGAAGUCUAUAACGCAUUAUUUGUUCAGCCAGCCAGGUGCUAAUGAUAAGUAUACAAGUAUAACACGA